AUGGACGAUAACGAAUCCAACAGCGGCACGAAGGCCAAGCGCGAACUUUACAGCGGGAACUCAUUUAAUUCUAUUGCUCCUGCCCAUGAGCAUAACGACGGCUUCUACAUGGCCAACCUCUGGUUCCGCCGCAGCAAGAUUCACUUUUCUAGAGCGGUUCAGAUCUCACCUAAUCUGUUCUUCGGAGAACAUAUCGCGAAUGAUACUUCUCGCAAUAGCGCUGCCGUUAGUAAACGACGUUACGUUCACAUUGAACCGUAG